CCAACGAAUGACAAGAUUCCCUAUGCACUCGUCCGCGUCGUCGAUCCCGAGACCGACAAACUGUCCCCGACCAAGCAGUCUCUCCGAACCCUUCUUUCAUCACUCGAUCUCAAAAAAUGGAUCGUGGAGCUCGUAGCUGAAAAACCAGAGCCAAUCGUCCGUAUUCUUGACCGAAAGGAAGCAUUCCAAAAGUACAAGGAACAACGCAAAGCAACGAAGAAGGGUACAAAGUCUGGAGAGGCAGCUAAAGAAAUUCAGCUUACAUGGGCCACGGCAUCGGGUGACGUGUCGCACAAGCUGGCAAAAGCACGGUCGUAUUUGGAGAAGGGAUGCAAAGUGGAUAUCGUAUUCGCGUCGAAGAAGGGUCAGCCCUUACCUAAACCGAAGGAGAUGCAAGUACGCCUACAAGACAUUGCAUCGGAAUUGACGGAUGUUUCGAAGGAGUGGAAGGUGCGCGAGGUUAGCUCGACGAUGAGGGUUAUAUCGUUCCAG